UUAUUAAUAAUAAUAAAUGAAGUGAAUAGUAAGUCGUCCAUGUACCAUGAAAUUUGUGGGGAAUUCACGGGGCGAAGGAUGUACUUAGAAUUGGGGGAAGAAGGGGUGCUUACAGCAAGAAAUGAGAGUAAUUUAAGGGAAUAUCAUUAUAAACAUCAACUUCAUAACAUAUCUACUCACAGCCAGUGCAGUUUAGAAUUAAUAACGUGCCCAAGCUGCAUUAUAUCCUUGAAGUUUACGUUUUUAAAUAUUUCACGAAAUUGCGACAAGAACACAGUACUAGAUUCGUGCGGGUGCGACUACGUUUGGAUAUAUGAGCCCCCAUUCGAUGAAGCAUCCGGGGAACAAUUUUGCGGUCAUUUCUUAAAAAACAAUAGCACCUCGUUAUCUUACACAAGCCAAACGAGAAGUGUGGCAAUUUCUUUUUUAUUCAGCACCAACUAUGAUCACGCAUUUACAAUUACGUUUUCAUCGGAAAGAAAUCGUCAAGUUUUUAAUGGUUUUCCGAAAUACGGAAAUGUUAAUAAUGAAACUCAACUUUUAACAUCUCCCUUCUUCCCUUAUUCAUACCCGAGGGAUUUGAGUAUUGAAUACAUUGUUAAAUGCCAUUCUGCAGAAAAUUGUCGAAUACGAUUGAUAUUUUCGGACUUUUACCUUUCUAGAACAUCUAUUAUAGAGUUUUUUGACUGGAAUGGUCAAAGAAUGGAAGUCGCCACAGGGACGGCAUUUAGACCGACAGUUAUAAUUUCGUCAGGGCCCACUUUGGUGAUAAGAUUCUACGCAAAUGGCGGUACCAGUAUGGGGUUUAAAGCUUCGUAUAUGUUUUUAUUAGGGGACGCUUAUAAUGACGUAACCUUACGACCAAACACCGACUGUGGCGGAUAUGUUAGUAAUUUAGGGGGCGCAAUUACCAUGAUGGAUAUGGUAAAAGAAGGUACAAAACCGUUCGAUUGUUACUGGGUAAUACAACCACCGCGAGGAUAUAUGCAUUUGCAAACGCAUUUGUACCUCAAAGUGGUCGAAUUUUCCGAUUUUGGCGGUAACACACAACUGACUGUUCGACAAGGUGUAACAUCGAACGAACCGGCGUUGGAAACUCUACGUCAUCCCAUGUCUUACUUUUUCUUGUCAAAAAAGAAAGAACACGUUGUGUCUCUCUCACAAGGAUUUUACGUAAGUUUAAAGGGACUCUUUCGACCCGAAUCCCGACUUUCAAUUGUCUACACUGCAUUCAGUUACAAAGAGUGCAUUCCUGGUUCUGAUUUCUUUUGUCAAAAUCAUCGAUGCAUUCCCUUGUUUCUUCGUUGUGAUGGUUUCAAUCAUUGCGGUGACGAAAGUGAUGAACCUCUGGCUUGUUUUCAAGAGUCUAAAGACCAUCACUGGGUUCAUACCCCCAAUUUCUUUUUUCCCAAAAUCGAUCGUUAUGCGGACUUACAGACAGCAACAGUCGCAUUUAUAAUUUGCAGCAUGGGUUUAGUAGCUCUAAUAUUCGCAAUGAUUAUUUUGAUUUAUCGUAUAAACGCAAGGGCAAGACAACAAAGGCAGCUUCAAGACCAUCUUCAAACCAUUAGUAGCCUUUUAGAAGAUGGUGUUGCUGGUCAAGAAGAUUUGAUAACAGAUGAACCACCAAAUUAUGAGGCUCCACCAGAAUACGAAGAAGUGAUAAGGACCCCAGCAAAGGGCAACGAGUACAGACGAACCGUCAGGAAAAGUUCAACCGAUUCCCGAAGCCGUUCAAAUUCAAGAAAGCGAAGUUGUUCCCGUUGCUCCCGGAAGACCGGCGACGAUUUUCAAGAGUCCUCCUCGGGCAGUAGAAGGACAUCGCUGGGACCAUUUCUAGACAAUGGUCUUACAGAAAAUGAAAACAAAAUAAAUGCGGGGGCUACUAGUUCAGCAUCCAUUCCAAAUUCACCUCCACCCUCUUAUUCCCAUAUUACCUACAAUUCCAUGACACCCCUAAUUCGGAUUCAAGAAACUUCUUCUAUCAGUUCAGCGGAAAAUGUAUCGGAAGGAACCGAAGAAAAUCCGUUGAUAUUAACCCCACGAGAGUUAAUACAAUAAUAAAAAAAUAAGACAAAAAUCAUAAAUUUGUUAAUGUGUAAAUUCUGUAUAAAAAUAGUGCUAAUUAUUUGUCAAUAUAAAAUCAAAAUUGACUUUUA